AAAAGCGUUAAAACUUAAAACCAUAUAAGUAUCGAAAUCGUUGCCGUCUCUAUCGCCAUCCCAGGUCUUUCCCUCAAUCUUUCAACCAUGUCAUGGCAGCUCAAGCUUUUUCCACUUUCUUCUUUUUCCUUUCUUCUCUCUUCUUCUCUUAUUCAAUGGGUUCUUCUCUAUUUUGUCUGCACCAAAUCGUUUUUUCUCGUUUGUCGUUAUAAUUUCUCCGCCUCCCUGUUUCAUGCACAUAUUUAUUUUCGGAAAAAAGGCACCAUUUUAUCCUUAUUCGGCGAUUUUCGGACGUAAUUGUGUUGAUUAUCGUGUUUAUACAUCUCUGUUCAAGCUUCAUAGAAAAAGGUUUUUGUUUAUUUUUUCAGAUGUUGUGAAGUUAUCAUACGAAGAGAUUCUGCUAAGGGAGAAAUUUGGUAUUUUCCUUGUUAAGAACUCAAAGGAGUUUACAGUUCACGACUUCUGGGUCCAGUUUCUUCAAAUGAAAGCUUACAAAGAUGUGCUCAGGCUUCGUCAUUGCGUUUUAAUUUGGUUUAUAAGAUUGGAAUGCUCCAGUAGCAUUGCCUUUCAUCCUUAGAUGAUGAUACAAAGGACAUACUACAUGUGAUCUUUGUUUCUCUGAUGAAACAACUCAGACGCCACUGUAGAAUAUACAGAAUCGAAUGGAGAAAAUUGUUUUUUGUUGUUGCCAUCGUUACAACAGCUGGAACUGUGCUUCAAUCGUGUACUCUUCCUUAUCUACUGACCAUGUCGUUUCUCUUUCCCCCAGCAACAGUCUCAUCACACAACGCCUCAGUUGCUAUGGUACAGGAAGGGUAGAUAAGAAGGAAGUAUUACCAAGUAGUUCUAGGAGGAAGAGGAGGAAGCGUGUUAGGAAAGAGACAUUUGAUGAGUUUAAGGUCGCACCCCCUCCACCUAAAACAGUGCCCUCUAAAUGGCAGAAAUAUGUAUGGUCUUUGCCACCUCAUGAGGCACUUUUAUAUGCCAAGAAAGAGAUCAACCACGCCCCAGUAGUUACUGAUGAUCCUGAUCUUUAUGCUGCUUUGUUUCGAAAUAUUUCAAUCUUUAAAAGGAGCUAUGAGCUAAUGGAAAACAUACUCAAAGUUUACAUCUACAAGGACGGAAAAAGACCAAUUUUUCACCAACCACAUCUAUUCGGCAUUUAUGCUUCUGAAGGAUGGUUUAUGAAGUUAAUGGAGGAAAGCCGGCAAUUUGUCACAAAGGACCCAUCAAAGGCCCACUUAUUCUAUUUGCCUUAUAGUGCACGCCAGAUGGAAGCAACACUUUAUGUUCCUAGCUUGCAUAGCUUGCAGCCCUUAUCAAUCUUUCUCAGGGACUAUGUGAACAUGAUAGCUGCCAAGUAUCCUUUCUGGAACCACACACGAGGAUCAGAUCAUUUUUUAGUUGCUUGCCAUGAUUGGGGUCCAUACACUGUGACUGCGCAUGAGGAAUUAAGCAAAAACACCAUAAAAGCUCUAUGCAAUGCUGAUCUAUCUGAAGGAAUUUUUGUUGCUGGAAGAGACGUCUCCUUGCCAGAAACCACCAUAAGAAAUCCAAGGAAACCUCUCAGAGAAGUUGGUGGGAAAAGAGUUUCUCAGCGCCCAAUCCUUGCCUUCUUUGCUGGAAAUAUGCAUGGUAGGGUCCGUCCCAUCCUGCUCAAGUACUGGAAAGGUAAAGAUGAAGAUAUGAGGAUUUAUGGUCCUCUACCAAACAGAAUUUCCAGGAAGAUGUCUUAUAUUCAACAUAUGAAAUCAAGCAGGUUCUGUAUCUGUCCUAUGGGCUAUGAGGUGAACAGUCCCCGGAUUGUUGAGGCGAUAUAUUAUGAGUGUGUUCCAGUGAUCAUUGCAGAUAAUUUUGUUCCUCCAUUUAAUGAAGUGUUAGAUUGGAGUGUAUUCUCAGUGAUUGUUGCAGAGAAGGAUAUACCGAAUUUGAAGGAUAUCCUCUUGGCAAUCCCUUUGCGACGGUACCUUUCUAUGCAAACAAACGUGAAGAUGGUGCAGAAGCAUUUUUUUUGGAACCCAAGACCAAUCAGAUAUGAUAUCUUCCACAUGAUUCUGCAUUCAAUUUGGUUUAAUAGGCUGAACCAGAUCCAACUUCCACAAUGAUAGUAAAAUACUGAGAGUUUGUUUGGGUGAAAAUGGAAUAUGUCAGAUGUAUCAUAAAUUAGUCUUUCCUAACAAUGUACAGAACAGACUCACUCAGAAGAGAGCUGACCUUGGAAGACGAAAUGGAUGGAGCAGGACUACAAAUUCAAUGAAGUGUAUAAUUCUCAUUGUUAUCGGAGUGAAAUAAACGGCUCUUAGGGCUACUCUAGAAUGUACAGUUUAGACAAACAGAGCUCAGAGCAGGCAUGAAUAUCUGAAAGGAAGAAAGGCUGACCAAAAUGAAGGUCUUGUAUUGUAGGUACAAAAUGUUGGUUGAGCUAAUAAGUGCUGCCUAGGGGGUUUUGGGGUGCAAGAGAAGAAAGAGAAGUAUGCAUCUGGGGUUGGCAACGAGGCCACAUUUCACACCUAAUACGAGCUGGCCGUCUCUUAUAGGUGCACUUUCUCUUACUUUCCUACAGUUUCCUAUCUUCAAGUAUUUUCUUUUUUCUUUCUUUUUUUUUUUUUUUUUGAGUUGGGCGCUUCUCUGCUGUAAGAGAGGUCUUUUUAUAAAUGUGUAAAAUAGAGGGAUGAAUCAUCAUUGAAUCCCAAGAAGUAAGAACAAAGCGUCUGAAUCCAUUUCACACUCUUAACAUUGUUACAAGUGGGGGCAAAGUCUGCUUUAUUGUA